UUGCAUAUUCAUUUGAAAGGUUCUCAACGACAAUAAAACUUUUAUGUGAGCAAUUUUUUUAUAUUAAACAUUACUAUUAAAUAGGUUUUCUCUGUUUUUUUGCGCACAAUAAAUUCAGAUUUAAUUGUUUUACAUUGACGAAGCCAUUCCAUUUCGUACCCUGCUCUGAUCAUGGCGACUGCUGCGAAGCCCAAAAGUGAAAUGACUCAAGAUGAGCUGCAGAAGCUCGAAGAGGAAGAAUUCCGCACCGGACCACUCUCCGUCCUCACUCAGUCCGUCAAGAAUAACACCCAAAUUCUGAUCAACUGUCGAAACAAUCGAAAGCUCCUUGCGCGCGUCAAAGCCUUCGACAGGCACUGUAAUAUGGUGUUGGAGAAUGUCAAGGAGAUGUGGACGGAGAACCCGAAGUCCGGGAAGGGCCAGAAGAAGGGCAAACCCGUCAACAAGGACCGUUUCAUCUCCAAGAUGUUUCUGCGCGGCGACAGCGUCAUUCUGGUCCUCCGCAAUCCCCUGCAGGCCACGCAACCCAAAUGAGGACACCCGCGGAGCUCUGCUCCCAAUUUCCCGACUGCAUCUCAGCCAGUUUUAUUGGUGGUUUAUUGCUAAUUAUUCGGGUAUGUUGGUUAUGUUUCUGAUUUUUGUAGAAUUUGUUUUUCAUUGUGUUACCUGAGCAAGUUACGAUACAGAGCAGAUGACUGUGGCGUCACAUCGGUUUAAUACUGUUUUCACAUUUGAGCGGUUCAAAUUGCUGUUUUACUGGGAAUGUGCGGAUUGUUGUUACUAAUCACUGUUUUCAAAUCUGAACCGUAUGGAUGACAUGUACGGGAAAUCGUACGCGAUGAAAAAGGUUGCAGAUAC